AUGACGUUCGACCUCGCCUGUCAAGAUUGGAAACGCUCCUUAGUGGGCACAGUUCACAAUGCGGGAUUUUUCAUCGCGAUCCCGCUGACAGGACUCAUAUCUGACAGAUAUGGCCGCCGUCCUGCACUCAUCUUCGCUUCGGUGGCCAAUGGCGUGUUCGGAGUCAUUCGGGCAUUGUCGGUUAAUUACAACAUGUUCGUUGUGUUUGAAUUUUUGGAACCUGCGUUUGGUGCUGGAGUGUAUACAGCGUGUUUUGUUCUGGCGUUGGAGCUCGUGGGACCAAAAGGCAGAGUCUUCGUCAGUCUCCUCUUCAACACUAUGUUCAUUCUCGGAGGCGUCACCGUCACUCUCCUCUCCUGGUGGCUCCUCAACUGGAGAUACCUGCUCUUCAUCAUCUACACUCCUGCAGUCUUCGUCUUUAUCUACAUCUGGGCUCUCCCAGAAAGCUUUAGAUGGCUCUUCAGUAAGGGAAGAUACGAAGAAGGAUUAAGCGUCCUUAGCAGGUCAGAAAAGAUGAACAAUGUCAACGUUCCUAAAGACCAUUACGAGCAAGUUGAAAAGCAAGCCACAAAGCAAAGAGACGAAAGGAAAUGUGAGAAUGUUGAGAGAAACCAGUCGACCUUCAAUCAGAUGCUCACGUCUUCUAUGAUAUGGAAAAGACUAUUCAUCUGUUCUUUCCUCUGGAUCUCCUCGACGCUGGUCUACUACGGUCUUUCAAUCAAUGCUAUUGAACUCUCCGGGAACAGAUAUGUAAACUACAUAGUGAUCUUGGUGAUAGAAGCUCCAGCCAAUGUCUGCAAGCUGAUCUUUUUGGACAGAUUUGGAAGGAAGAGGGUGAUCGCUACUGCGUAUUUCUUGACUGGAUUGAUUCUGAUCAAUUAUGGAUUUGUACCAGUGGGCAACUGGUCAAUCCUUCUCUACCUGGGUGGCAAGUUCUUCAUAACGCUGGCCUACAACUCCCUAUACGUGUUCGCGGCUGAAGUGUUCCCCACGAACUACAGAACCUCUCUCCUUGCUAUGUGCUCUACUAUCGGGAGGAUAGGGUCCACAGUCGCACCACAAACUCCUUUAUUGACGAGGUUCUACGAAUACCUCCCUACAAUGAUAUUUGGGGGUAUGGCCGCAUUAUCAGGAUUCCUAGUCCUCACAUUACCAGAGACAAACAACCUUAAGCUACCUGACUCCUUGAAAGAAGCUCAGGAUCAAGACAGAAGAAAAGAAAUUGAGGACACAGUUGAAAGAACCGUUGAAAGAACAAACACAACCACAGAUAACAAAACUAGGUUAUAAUUUUUUUUUAAGUAAUCUAAGUUAGGUAAUUUUGAAAUUUUGAGCCAAAGGAGAAAAGUUGGAACAAAAUAUUGAACUAAAAAUAUUUUUUGGUUAUGCUAACUAUAGGCCGUCGAAUACAUUACCUCUGCCAGAAAAAAAAAGUUUGUCAAAUUAAGGGCCUGUUUCACUAAUGUUUUUACGCUUUUAGUUACAGGGUAUGUGUGGAUAAUUUAAUCUUGAUUUUAUUUAAAAUAUGGAAACACUCAAGCUGGUUGUGAAUUCGAUUUGACAUUUUAUUGUAGAAGAGCUUAUAAUGCCGUAGUAGUAUUAAAUUUUUUUCUCACGUGGCAGCAUUACUUGAAAUUAUUUACUGCAGUGAAACAGGUAAGUCUUCAAAUGAUUAAGACUGAUGCAUGUAAUACAUAUUAUAUUGUUAUACAAAUUACAUUAUAGUACAGUUAAUGUUUCAGUUAUACUUUUUGAAGGCAAAAAUAUUUAAAAUAAGUACGCAUAUAUAGAUUAAAGAUGAGGUCGACCGUAAAAACAAAUACCUAAUAAUGUUGACAAUUAAAUAAAACUGGGUGUUCCAAUUAAGAUACCUUUACAAUAGUAUUAUUAUAAUGAGAUCUUAAUAGAAAUGUAAUGUCAGUAGCACUUUCCAUAACUCUAUGACCUAUUAUUGUUUGAAUGUUACAAUUAAAUGACAGGGCAUAGUGCAUACAUAAUUAAGUUUUAAUUAAUUAGCAAGGCUUGUGAUUAUUAAUAUUAGAUUCCAUAUCGGAUGUAAGACAACUUUGAUUAGUUAGAACUAAUGAAAACUUACAAAGUCAAUAUUAAUUCCUUUUAAAGUAAUACUACGGUGUAGUAAUAUAAUAGAUAUUAAUAGUCUCUUCACUAUUUUUUUUUUGUUAUAAAAUAUUCUCUCUAUGUUAAAGCUAGAUUUCUCAUUGCUCAUAAAAAUGGUACAAAAAUGUAUUUUUUUUAAUUUAAGAAAUAUGUUCAAUGUACAAAAUACAAAGCAAGCGUAAACAUGUAGGUACAUAAUAAUUUUAGUUAGAUAGUAAGGCAGAUAGUAUACUAUUAACUCGUCGAGUACCGUCAUUAUCGACACAAUUAUAGAACAAUAGGCUGCGGUCACCGGUGACCGCUUGGUGUUUGACAGUUUAAACACAUUAUUAUAAGCGAACACAAAUACUAUUAAAAGAAAAAUUGAAGUGAUUUUUUGUCUCGUCUCAAAUUAAUUAUAUUUUUCUUUAAGUAAAUUAUUA